GAGGACACAGAACAACAUACAUAACCAAGAUAUAUAGACACGCCUUUCACUCCCAAUUAUUUUCUGUUCCUUUCUCUCUCCUAAUUCGAAUCUUCUAAACUACUGAGCCAGAUCAAAACGAAAACCAUAACCAAAUCGGCUAUGAUGGCCAGAAUCAUGAGCGCGACGCCUAAUAUUCCAUCGCCGUCAAUAACACAGUCGCCGCCGCCGCCGUCCUCGGCGAAGGUCCGUACAAUUCCCGGCAGCUACGGGUGGCCGUUGUUGGGGCCGAUCUCCGACCGACUGAACUAUUUCUGGUUCCAAGGACCGGAGACAUUCUUCAGGAAGAGGAUCGAGACGAACAAGAGCACAGUGUUUCGGACCAACAUUCCCCCGACCUUCCCGUUCUACACCGGCGUCAACCCUAACGUCAUCGCCGUCCUCGAUUGCAAGUCUUUCUCUCACCUCUUCGACAUGGAGAUCGUCGAGAAGAGGAAUAUCCUAGUCGGAGAUUUCAUGCCUAGUGUCAAGUUCACUGGCGAUCUUCGUGUCUGUGCGUAUCUCGACACAUCUGAGCCUUCACACGCUCAGCUCAAGAGUUUUGCAAUGGACAUCCUAAAGCGGAGCUCCUCCAUUUGGGCGUCCACAGUCACCUCCAAACUGGACACCAUGUGGGACACCAUUGAUUCCCAACUCUCCUCCUCCGACUCCGUUAGUUACCUCUUCCCUUUACAGCAGUUCCUCUUCAGCUUCCUCGUUCGCUGCCUCCUCGGAGCCGACACCGCCACUUCACCGGAAAUCGCCGAGUACGGCUACACCAUGCUCGACAAAUGGCUCGCUCUUCAGCUCCUCCCCACUGUCAAAAUCGGCGUACUUCAACCCCUGGAAGAGAUCUUCCUCCACUCCUUUUCCUACCCAUUUGCACUAGUGAGCGGAGGCUAUAACAAACUCGUCAAGUUUAUAGAGACACAAGCCAAAGAAGUGAUAGAGAGAGGUAAGACUGAGUUCAAACUGAGUCAAGAAGAGGCAAUUCACAACCUUCUCUUCAUACUCGGGUUUAACGCGUUCGGGGGCUUCUCGGUGUUCUUCCCAACUCUGUUGAGCACACUCGGGUCUGAUACCACCGGGAUACAAGAGAAACUGAGAAAAGAAGUGAGAGAGAAAUGCGGGUCAACUCUGAGUUUUGACUCGGUGAAAAACAUGGAACUCGUUCAGUCAUUCGUGUACGAAACGCUCCGACUCAACCCAUCCGUUCCGCUUCAAUACGGCCGAGCUAGGAAGGACUUCCUACUGAGUUCACACGACUCGGUGUUCGAAAUUAAGAAAGGUGAGCUGCUCUGUGGGUACCAGCCUCUGGUCAUGAGAGAUUCCAAAGUGUUUGAUGAUCCUGAAACGUUCGUGACGGACCGGUUCACAAAAGAGAAAGGUCGCGAGUUACUGAAUUACUUGUACUGGUCGAACGGGCCGCAGACUGGGUCACCCAGUGAGUCGAACAAGCAGUGUCCGGCUAAAGACUAUGUAACACUCACGGCGUCUCUUUUGGUGGCUCAUUUGUUCCUUAGGUAUGAUUCGAUCACGUGCUCGUCCUCGUCAAUCACGGCCCUUGAAAAGGCUAAGUGAGGCAUUACCAUACACGGACUUGAGGGUUGUAUUGUUUAUGUGUAAAACUAAUGUACGACGCAUAUGGACCAAUUAAUAAGCCGGUUUGUGAGGAAAGGGUCUGAUGGUCCCACUUAAAUUGAUGAGUCUUGUUUUUAUGUAAAAA